GACUCUUCACGGUCUGGUGUCAGAGCAGCUCUGUCUCCAUGACGACCACCUCACUGUCCCCUCAGAGGACAAGGCUGACGGUCUGGACCAGAGGAGAGACCAGGAGAGACAGACGCACAACUGCUGGACCCUGUUUGUGGACCUGGACUGUAGUUUUGGACGUGGACCUGGACUGUGGAUCAUGGCUCACAGACGUAUGGAGACCAAACCCGUGAUGCUGUGUGUGAAGACUCUGCUCCUGUUUUACUCGUUUGUUUUCUGGGUGACAGGUGUGGUGCUGCUGGCUGCAGGUCUGUGGUGGAGGUUCAUGUUGUCUCCGUACAUGCUGCUGCUCUCUAGCGCCCCCUCUAACGCUCCGUACGUGCUGACGGGCACCGGUGCUGCUGUGGUGCUGUUCGGCCUGUUCGGCUGCUUUGCCACCUGCAGGGGGCGCUCCUGGAUGCUCAGGCUGUACGCGGUGGCUCUGUGUCUCGUCUUCAUGAUGGAACUCAUCGCUGGAAUCUCAGGAUUCAUCUUUCGUCACGAGAUCAAAUCCACCUUCCUCAGCACAUACUCAGCAGCAGUUAUGAACUAUGAUGGACGAGAUGACGUCAGUCUGUCUGUGGACGGACUUCAGCGCAGACUGCACUGCUGUGGUGUGUAUAACUACACUUCCUGGGUGGACAGUGUGUAUUUCCACACUGCAGGGAUUCCACCGAGCUGCUGCGUGUCUCUGUCUGACUGCAGAGGACAAGACCUGAGGGACAUCAGUGUGUGUGCGCACAAGGUCUACACACAGGGCUGUUAUGAGCUGGUGACGUCCUUCAUCGAGAGUAACCUGGGAAUCAUCGCUGGAGUCACCUUUGGUGUCGCCUUCUCUCAGGUUGUGGGCGUGUCCCUGACGUGUGUGUUGUGUGUCACAGGUUGUGGGCGUGUCCCUGGCGUGCUGUCUGUCUCGUCUUGUCACCGCCCACACGUAUGAAAUGGUGUAAAAGAAACCUGACAUCUUCACCAGGGGGCGCUAAUCCAGACCACUUCCUGUGGAUUCUAAUGUUUAUUGUUGUUAUUUCCUGUUGUUUUUGAUGUGUUACCAUGGCAACAGCUGAGAGAAUAAAACAAAGUGAGAUGAA